AUGGGUGACUGGAGCUUCCUAGGAAGACUGCUAGAGAAUGCACAAGAGCAUUCCACAGUCAUUGGCAAGGUCUGGCUGACAGUACUGUUCAUCUUCAGAAUCCUGGUGCUGGGAGCCGCAGCAGAGGAGGUCUGGGGGGAUGAGCAAUCUGACUUUACUUGCAACACGCAGCAGCCAGGCUGUGAAAAUGUAUGCUAUGACCAGGCCUUCCCCAUCUCCCACAUUCGCUUCUGGGUGCUGCAGAUCAUCUUUGUCUCCACACCCACCCUUAUCUACCUGGGGCACGUGCUGCACCUUGUGCGCAGGGAGGAGAAGAAGAAGGAACAUGAGGAGGAGCAGCUGAGCAGAGACAACCCACAACCCGGGGCAGGGGGCCCGGAGCCUCCUGACAGGACAAUGAAGAGAAAGAAGCCACCUGUCCGGGACGACCGGGGCAGGGUCCAGAUAGCGGGAGCUCUGCUCCGCACCUAUGUCUUCAACAUCAUCUUUAAGACUCUCUUUGAGGUGGGCUUCAUUGUUGGACAGUACCUUCUCUAUGGCUUUAAGCUGAAGCCCCUCUACCGCUGUGACCAGUGGCCCUGCCCCAACACGGUUGACUGCUUCAUUUCCAGACCCACUGAGAAGACCAUCUUCAUCAUGUUCAUGCUGGUAGUAGCCUGUGUGUCUCUCUUACUCAAUAUGCUAGAGAUCUACCAUCUGGGCUGGAAAAAACUCAAACAGGGCAUGACCAACCAUUAUAGCCCACAUGCCGCUGAAACUAGUUCGGCGGCCACAAAGCCCAGUGAUAUUAACCCAUUCCUCCUCCCCUCCCAGUCUGCCCCGCCCACCAUCCCCAUUGGAUUUCCUUACUACACCCACUCUGCCUCUUCCCCAGGACAGACAAUGGCCACAGGGUAUCUUGGGGCCCCUCCACCACCAACGGAUUUCAAAAUGGUAGCCCUGUCUGAGGAGCAAGGGAAAGGCCACCCUGCCAGAUACUACAACUGCCACCACUUGCUGAUGACAGAACAGAACUGGGCCAACCAGGAGGCCGAGCAGCAGGCUUCUGGGAGGAAGCCCUGCCCACUGACACCCACCCCAGCAGCCCCCUGUCCUCUGAGCAGCACUCCACAGCUCCCACUGGAGGGCAUGGCAGGAGGUCAAACUCCUCUUCUGUUGGUGAACGGGAGCACCAGCAACUUGGAAGAGAGCAAAUUGGAAGUGACUCCUGAGGAGGAGGUGCAGGCAGGGACCACCAGAGUGGACACGCACAUGCCUCCCUUGCUCCUCGGGGACGUGGGCCAGGCCAGCAAGGCCAGUAAGUUGAGCAGCGGGCGGCCCAGAGCAGAUGACUUAGCCAUCUAG